CCGGUCAUGGCGGCGACGACCCCCUCCAAGCCCCCCACGGAACAGAUGGGUGAGGUGGCCUUGCCCCGGGAGAAUAUAUAGUUCUCCCUCAUAAAGGGGACUGCCAUCAUGCACGGCACGGUGGACCCGAAUGAGUUCUUGAGGGGUGCCACCCCCUCGCUGGAUAAGGCAGCCCUGAGCCGGCUUGAGGAUGACGCCCUCGACUCCAAGAUCCUCCGGGCUUCCCUCACUACAUGCAUCGGCCUCGGCGAGCAGAUUCGCAGGGUGGAGGAAUUGCGCCUCCAGAAGGCGGAACAAGACGAGACCUUGAAGAGGCUUGUCAAAGAUAACGCCGCCGCUGUGAGGGAUAUGGCGAAGCUGGAAGAGACACUCCAGCAAACGGAGCAAAAGGUGGAGGCUGCCAGAGUAGAGGCCAGGGCUGAGGGCAAGGCCGAGGCUGAAAAGGCUGUUGUCGAGGCUGCCAAGAAAGCUGUCGAGGAAGCCGAAGUAGCCAAGGAAGAGGUUGUCGCUAAGGCUUGGGAGGAUGCUGAUGCUAAGGCUCGGGAGGAUGCUGUCGCUGCCUUUGUUGCCGAGGGUUGGAAGGUCGAUGACCAAAAGCAAUGGUUGGCCUCGGUAGUGGAGGCGACUGUUGAUGACUGGGUCACCGGACCCGGGGCUGAAUGGUUAGCCCGGAAGGGUAAAGAGUACUAUGAUGGGGGCGAGUACUUCACCCAAGCUCUUUGUCUACCAGAGGCUCGCCCGGCAUUAUGGGGUGAACCCGAAAGAGUUUAAUCCGGCAGCCUAUGGCCUUCCCCCCUUCAGCCGGAUGUCCGAAUUCCCCUCCCUCCGGAUGUCGAGAGGCCUGACCUGGAGGACUCGGUGCUGAUGCAGGAAUGUCAGAAGGGCGAAGAAGAGGC